AUGUCCGCUUCCCUCCAUCCUGUCGCGUCGGUCCGCCUUGCUGGAUGGCAGCGAUUUCCGCGACUGCCCUCAGUUCGGCCGGGCGGGCGUUCGUCCCGGCGUCGCGUGCGCCCGUACCUCUGCCUUCGCCGGACCAGAUCAGGCGGGAUUACCAGACAAUGGUCGAUUUCGGCCCGCGGUUGGGAGGAGCAAGAACCAUCUCCGCUUCGUCGAUUGCUCGCGCGGGAGUUUCGCGCGGCCGGGCUCUCAACGGGCCCAUGCGAGCUAUGCCUAUACGCGCUGGGGAGCCCGUUGGGGCUCGACAUCCUCGAAACUGAUGACACGCGUAGCGUUCGCGACGUGGCCUAUUUCGUCCGUUCGAAGCCGACCGGAUCGGCAGGGGUCGAGGGGCUUGGUCUAUGGGACCUCCAAUCCGCAAGGGCCCGCGCACAUGCCGGACUUUGCCAAGGGAAGCAUCCUCGUUUCAACGCCCGCCUGCCUCAGAAGACGCUGCAUGACAUCGUCCGUCCGCACUUCAUUCAUUUGCGGAUGAACGCGAAGCGACGUACUCGACGUUCCCUAUCAUCGACUAUGGACGAUGCCGUCCUUCAGAUGGACGAAUUGGCGGCGCGGGGGGCCACUCUAUUCGUCGGCGAAGAUCAGGUGAUUGGUCGAUCGGCGGCGAAGGCCAGCGGACGGACGGCGCGUUUCACGCUCGACGCACAAUGGAUCGAUGGAGUCGUACGCAGAUCACCGCCGUGUUACAUCCGGCGAAACCGACGAGAUCGUAAUCGUCGACAGCCAUACGGACGUAGAGAAUUUCAUCGAGAGAAUGGUGCGAUCGCCAUGCUCCAGUUGGCGCGGCAUUUCGCGAGCUUGCCAGUCGGGCAGCGUCUUCGUCGAACCCUCGUGUUUGGGGCUUGGCCCGGUCACAUGAAGCAGAUCACUCCCGGAAGCACGGGAUGGGCGCGGGCGCACCCCGAACUGAUGCGGUGGGCGGCGGCGGGUAUUCACGAUCGAGCAUUUGGGCGAGUGAAUGGGCCGAUAUCCCGGGCAAGGGUCGAGGCUGCACCCGGCCGACCGACCCGCGUCUUUCACGAAAGCGGCAUCCUGAUGAUCGCCUGCAUCGCCGGCCCCAAUUAUCUUCUGGUGUGGCGCCGAACGGUCACAUGGACAAGCUCGACGCUGGGCUCGCAUCGCGCCAAACCGCGAUGA